AUGGCGAUUGAGACAGUUCUUCUGACGGGCGGCACCGGGAGCAUUGGCGUGUGGGUGCUCGAACAACUGCUGAGCCAGGCCCACAAAGUUAUUGCCGUGAUUCGACCUCUGGCGAAAUUUAAGAAGCAUUUUGACGAGAAGUAUGCCACUUACCUCACCAAUGGAUCGCUCGAGCUUGUCGAAGUGCCAGACUUGACAGUACCUGGUGUCUUUGAUGAGCGCGCCUCCAGGGCUGAUGUUAUCAUUCACGUUGCAACGCCCCUGACGACCUCCGGUUUCGAGAACACAAUGAUCCGAACGACAUGGCUGAUUGAUGAAAACAUUCUUAACGCGGCAAAGAAAUCGCCGAAAGUCAAGCGCGUUGUCAUAUCAGGCUCUAUCGUGUCGGUAGUCAAACUCCCAGAAGGGCUGUUCCAGACGUGCGCAGAGAAGCACGCGUGGGCGUGGAUGAAUAAAGAGAAGCCCAAAUUUGACCUGGUCGUUCUCCUGAUACCGUCAGUUAUCGGCAAGAGCAUCAACCCUGGCUUCAAACCCAACAAAGCGUCUCUUGGUGGCAUGUCUAAUGCGUACAGCUAUUUCAUUGACACCCCCCAGCUGAGUUAUGUAUUCAACCCUUGGAUGGACGUCCAAGAUGUGGCUGCCUUGCAUAUCCGGUCCGCAACGGACAUCGACAACGUCCCUGGUAACGAACGAUACUUGAUAAAGGGCCCAGGUGUUCUGGACAUGAACGAGUUGGCAAACAAGAUAAGGGAGGAGUUUCAUGAGCUGCGAGGUCGGGUGCCCGCACCAACAAGACAAGGCGAGGGCAAUCUUGCACCUCUUACCACGUUCGACACCACCAAGGCCCAACGGAUUUUCGGUCCGGAGUCGCAAUUCCGCGACGGCUGGUCGUCGAUGAAGGACACUAUUGCAGAUAUUGCCCGGUUGGUGCCCAACCCGCCCACGACUUCACCAUAA